UCAACAUCACAACCGAAAUCAAGCGGAAAAGCGCUCAUUUGUGCAUAUAUUGUGGUAUAUGUGGGCUUAGCAAUGUCCAAAGCAGUAUACUGGCGUCAAACCCUCCGGUUUCUUACCAUGAUACGUUCUGGACUUAUAUCCAUGAUAUAUACGCAAACACUUGACAUGUCUGCAACUGCACUCAAGGAUUCAGAGACAAUUACAUUAAUAAGCACCGAUGUGGAACGCAUUGUGACGAAUAUGAGAAACCUCCAUGAAUUAUGGGCCUCAAUCCUGGAAGUUGGAGUUGCAAUCUGGCUACUGGAGCGUGAGGUCUGGAUUGCUUGUAUUAUUCCACUCGUUAUCUCUCUAGGCUCUGUGCUAGCAAUGGUACCGGUGUCGACCAGGUUCGGCCAAGCUCAAAAGCGAUGGAUUGAAUGUGUCCAGGACCAACUAGCAAUGACCUCGAGCAUGGUCAGCAGAAUGAAAACGGUGCAGAUACUUGGACUCAGUGAUAUCCUGUUCAAAACCGUUUCGCGGUUGCGGGAAGUUGAGGUUCAAACUUCUGCCCGAUUCCGAAAAUUGCUCAUAUGGCAAAUUGCUCUAUCCAAUAUUCCAGUGACCCUAGCCCCUUUCGCAACAUUGACCAUCUACGCCGUUAUAGCCUUGGUGAGACAGGAUGGGUCGAUUCUUUCAACAACAGCUUUCACCACCCUAGCUUUGAUUUCGAUUCUCACCGAUCCACUUCUCGUAUUUUGUCAAGCCAUACCCGCUAAUAUACAAGCAAUCGCUUGUUUUAGUCGUAUCGAAAAGUACUAUAAAAACUCUACACCACUACCCGUUUCAUCGACCACACUUUCCGAUGAUAAUAUCGAGGAGAACAAGGAAUCACAACCAUACAAGGUCUCUCAAGCAGUCAAUUCCCCGUUAGUCUCCUUCAAGAAUGCAGAAAUAUCACGGUCCUCAGAGAAGGAGCCAGCCCUCAAAAACCUGAACCUCAGUAUCUGCAGGGGCGUCGUGAUGAUCAUUGGAGGUGGAUAG